UCACACGCACACACACACGCACGGUGCAGGCUCGGUGUUGCGUGCGGGACACAAACAGCACGCAGCGCUUCAGGAGGAAAAAGAUCCUAAAUAAAAAGACUCUCUUCGACGGAGCAGGUUGGUGUGCACCAAAAUGGUGAAAUUGGGGAAUCAUUUCAGCGACAAAAACAAGGGCAAGGUGGUCUCCGAAGAUGGCUUUGACACCAUACCUCUCAUCACACCUUUAGAUGCCAGCCAGCUGCACUUCCCUGCACCAGACAAGGUGGUGGUGAAGACCAAGGCGGACUAUGACGGCGAGAGCAAAAAGAACAAGAUGAGAACGGCCAAAAUGGUUGAAUUCUCAGUGAUGGAAGGCGUGUCGGAGCGACUCAAAGUGACCUUGCUGGUGAUCUGUGCCCUGGCCUUCUUGGUGUGUGUGGUCUUCCUGGUGGUCUACAAGGUCUACCAGUACGAGCAGCCCUGUCCCGACACUUUUGUCUACACGCAGGGCCGCUGCAUGCCGGCCGGGAUGUACGCCAACUUCCCCCGCCAGGCCCCUGGGGGCCGCGGGCGCCUCUUCACCCUCAUCAACCACUACAACAUCGCCAAGCAGACCAUCACUCGGUCAGUAUCGCCCUGGAUGACCAUCAUGUCCGAGGAGAAGGUCACCCAGCAGGAGACCGAGACGGCCCAGAAGCUGGCUUGAACCGCCCCCGGCGGAGGGGGCGUGGCCUCACCUGCCGAGGAGGAACAAAUAAUAAUAGGGUUGUGCCAUUCAAGCAAACCUGUGGCCUUUGGGGGCCGAUGUGAUGCCUUCCAAGGUCAGCAGACGCCCGCCCACUGAGGAAGGUGAAGCUGGGUUUGUUUGACUAGCAUAAGUUGUUAUUUAUUGACACACACUUGAUGUUCACACAGUAGAAGUUAGUGAAAUGACCGUGAACUUUGUGUUACCAUGAACAUGCACGCACUUCAUCAUCACAGCAGUUGGCUUUCUUUAUGAUACUUUGGAUUAGAGAUGUCCCAUAAUAUCCGACUGCCGAUAUUAUCGGCCGAUAAAUGCUUUAAAAAAUGUAAUAUCGGAAAUGAUCGGUAUCGGUUUGAAAAAGUAAAAUGUAUGACUUUUUAAAAGGCCGCUGUGUACACGGACGUAGGGAGAAGUACAGAGCGCCAAUAAACCUUAAAGGCACUGCCUUUGUGUGCCGGCCCAGUCACAUAAUAUCUACGGCUUUUCACACACACAAGUGAAUGCAAGGCGUACUUGGUCAACAGCCAUACAGGUCACACUGAGGGCGUCCGUAUAAACUACUUUAACACUGUUACAAAUAUGCGCCACACUGUGAACCCACACCAAACAAGAAUGACAAACACAUUUCGGGAGAACAUCCGCACCGUAACACAACACAACAAAUACCCAGAACCCCUUGCAGCACUAACUCUUAAUAUACACCCCCCCCCCCCCAAAUAAUUGAACAUUACAAUCCCCUGGUGUCUGUUGCCGUCAUCUCCCUUAGUCAAAACCUUGUUACAUUGUUUAAUGCAUCCAGCGGGGCAUCACAACAAAAUUAGGCAUAAUAAUGUGUUCAUUCCACGACUGUAUAUAUCGGUAUCGGUUGAUAUCGGAAUCGGUAAUAAAGAGUUGGACAAUAUCGGAAUAUCGGCAAAAAAGCCAUUAUCGUACAUCUCUAAUAAUAAUGUGUUAAUUCCACGACUGUGUAUAUUGGUAUCGGUAAUUAAGAGUUGGACAAUAUCGGAAUAUCGGAUAUCGGCAAAAAAGCCAUUAUCGGACAUCUCUAAUAAUAAUGUGUUAAUUCCACGACUGUUUAUAUCGGUAUCGGUUGAUAUUGGUAUUGGUAAUUAAGAGUUGGGCAAUAUUGGAGUAUCGGAUAUCGGCAAAAAAGCCAUUAUCGGACAUCUCUAAUAAUGUGUUAAUUCCACGACUGUCUGUAUCGGUAUCGGUUGAUAUCGGAAUCUGUAAUUAAGAGUUGGACAAUAUCGGAAUAUCGGAUAUCGGCAAAAAAGCCAUUAUCGGACAUGUCUAAUAAUAAUGUGUUAAUUCCACGACUGUAUAUAUCGUAUCGGUUGAUAUCGGUAUCGGUAAUUAAGAGUUGGACAAUAUCGGAAUAUCGGA